GUCUACCGUCUAAUUUGCGUAUCAUGAACUAACCCUGAAUAAUAAGGUGGUUUUUAACUUUUUAUGGGUUAAAGAACAAACAGCAAGAGAUUCUGGAACUCAAACCACAAAUACCGGUAAAAUAUACCAAUUCAAUUGGCAAUGGAAACCUUUGGACUUCUCCCUCUCUCCACUCCCAAAAUUUCACCCUCUAAAUUUCACGGAAAAUGCAGGACUAACUACUCUACAACAGGACGCACUUUCAGAAUUUGUGACCCAUGUUAUGGCCAACAAACCCCAAUUCGCAAAACUGUGAAUUGGAAAGUACCCAGAAUGCAAGUAGUGGAAGAAGAGUAUGAAUUGAGGCAAAUGAAGGAUAUGGCAGCUGCAAGGAAACGAUGGGAGGCUUUGGUGCGAGAGGGAAAGGUCAAACCUUUGACACCAAGGGAGGCUGGGUAUGCAAUCCAGCUCUCUGGUAAGACUCUGCUUGAUGUUCGCCCAGCAUCAGAGCGUAACAAGGCGUGGGUUAAGGGCUCAACCUGGACACCCAUAUUCGACGUUGAUGACAAACUUGAUGCUGGAACACUCUCAAGAAAGGCAACAAAUUUCAUGAUGGGAGGAUGGUGGAGCGGUGUGCCUACACUUUCCUAUAAUAGCCAGUUCAUAUCCAAAGUUGAGGAGAAAUUUUCAAAAGAUACAGAUCUUAUUGUUGCGUGCCAGAAGGGAUUAAGAUCUUUAGCUGCUUGUGAGCUGCUUUGUAAUGCCGGCUACAAAAAUGUUUUCUGGGUUCAAGGGGGUUUAGAAGCAGCAGAAGAAGAGGAUCUCCAGAGGGAAGGUACACAGCCUUUUAAAUUUGCUGGAAUUGGAGGUCUUUCAGAGUUCCUUGGUUGGACAGAUCAGCAAAGAGCUGCUGCUGCUAAAGAAGGAUGGCAAUAUAGAUUAGUUUUCUCUGCACGUUUGCUUGGACUGGUUAUUGCUGCAGACGCCUUGUAUCUUGGUGCUCAGCAAGUGGCCCGUUACGUACAAGAAAUACGAUCCCACUGAAUGCCACUCUGCCAUUGAAGUCAUUCACUCCACACGUGCAAAUGGCAACCAUGUUUUGUUUCUAUUGAUAUCGAAACUACUUGCCAAAUCUCUUCUAUCCUUGUGUAACUGAGUUUCAUCCGUCCAUCAAUUUUGUAAUAUGCCAUAGAAUGUUGUAUGAAACGUUUUAUAGAUUAUAUUUUAAUAUUAAUUUAUGCCCCUUCAAAAUUUUCAA